AUGGCAGACUUUAUGAGAUCGUCGAGUUUUCUACCAACGAUAAAAUGUUCGAGUUGCGCGAGGGAUAUUCAAAUUGCAAUGAUGGGGGAGCAUAUUUGCUCAGGCCCUCCUUCUGCUGGAGAACCGACACCACCACUUGAUUUAAAUAAUACUUUCGACAGGAUGCCAUAUAAUCAGCAAUCAUAUUCCAAUGGAUCGAAUCUUUUGAAACCAGGAAGGACAAUGCCUCCGAGGGUUGAUACAUCUGCUGCGAAUCGUCCAUUCUUCCAACAAGAUCAAUUGACACCAGCGAGUAGCGCAUCUCCCUCUCGAAGUGCUUCACCAUUAACUCCACACGAUCGCCUUCGAUUACCAUUCGGAAAAUCUUCGCGCGCUAACGAUUCUUCACCUGUACAAAGACCUAUUUCCCCAGCUCUAUUAUCAUCGAAUCUUGACUCUGCUUUCCCCCGUUUUCCUACACCAAAAGUAACGGGAUCACCUAGACUUAAGAGUGCAUAUGGCGCCCACUCGCCGAGAAUUGAACAGACGGAUCCAAUGAUGUUCGCAUCCCCCAAUUCAAAAGCCUACAUGAAUCCAAACGUUGUUGGAAGUGUUGCGUCUUUACAAAAAGUCGUUACAAAUACCCCAGGACCGUUUGCGAUUGACUCAAGAAAGGUUCCUAGUCAUGAAGAACUGCCAAUGUACAAUAGAAAACCUAGUAUGGGACGUCCCGGUGACAUAAUUUCACCACCUUUGACUGCGGAGCCUGAACAUAUCGAUCGAACACUCUCGACAAGCUCGGGUCAUUCUAGAACUUCAACAAAUAGCUCGAAUCAUAAUUUCCCAAUGCCACCACGCAACAAAGGAUAUGGUAUUCUAUCACCUGAAGUGCGAGAAGAUACUCAGGAAUCCUGGCGUCAAGAAGCUAUAAGAUCACAAACAUUUCCUCGACGAAAGGAAAGUUUAGAUUUUCAUGCGUCACGUAGAAAUCAAUCGAUAUCAAGUCAUAGGUCACGAGAAUCGAAUGACAGAGGACGGAAAACAUCAAUCUCUGGUCCUGAUACAUCAAGAGCAUUACCACCGCGAGGCGCAAGUCUCAUCAGAGGAAGAUCAGGACAUCAAGCUGGAGAUCUUCCACCAUUACCCAAUAUCAACUUGGAAGCAGAAUUUGGUGCUAAUAAUCCAUACCAUUCGGCAUCUAAUUCUCAAUCAUCCACUCAUUCAUAUACUUCUUCCACUUCUGCAGGGAGUAAGAGUAGCUCACGGUCAAGCCCGCCAUCCACAGUGGAAAGCGAUUACCACAGGAGACAGCAAUCAAAUCCCAGAAUGUCUGAUCUCAUGUCUGAAAUUACUUCAUCAAUGGCACAUAUUUCACCACAUGAAAUGUACCCCAGACCAAGCGAUUUAGAACCAGUCAAAGAACAAGAACCAUACUCGCCUCUGAGUCCCGCCUUUCAAUCUCCAGAUUACGCCCCCAAUCCUGUCAAUCGCCUAUCGCCUACACCUCGUGUUCCCCCACCCGCGCCUCUCAAACCCCGCAAUCGUGACCCCUCACCUGCGCCACUGAAUCCUCGAUUACGAAAUCUUUCACCAGCCCCUAUGAACGGUUUCCAAAGAUCUCACACAGCUCCACUCCUCGAUCAGAACAAACCUCUACCCGCUCCUCGCCGCCCCGCCACUUCAAAAGGUAAUUGCAAAUCUUGCACGCUUCCCAUAAAAGGCAAAUCCGUAUCUUCAGCAGAUGGACGUCUAACUGGUCGCUAUCAUAAACCAUGUUUCGUAUGCACAACUUGUCGAGCUCCGUUCCUCACCUCGGAAUUCUACGUUCAUAAUGAUGCGCCAUAUUGUGAACAUCAUUAUCAUCAAUUGAAUAAUUCAAUGUGCUCUGGUUGUGAUAGGGGUAUCGAGGGACAAUAUUUGGAAAGCGAGAAGAAGGAGAAGUUUCAUCCAAGCUGUUUGAAUUGUGCGGAUUGUAAGAGAAAUUUGAGACACGAUUAUUUUGAGAUGGGUGGAAAGAUUUAUUGUGAGCGGGAUGCUUUCAGGAGAGCACAGGAAUCACGCAAAGGAGGCUUGGGUGCUGGACUGGGUGCGGAAACGACGAGGAUGGAAAGGAGAACUACGAGAUUAAUGAUGAUGUAG